AUGGUCCUCGGCCUUUGCUGGGCUAACACCUCCCAUUCUUGCCAGCCCGGUUGGCCCGGUCCGACUGCGAGGCAGCGCUGCACCUGCAAGUUUUUGGAGCGGACGCCACCAGCGGAGAGGGAGAGCCCCGCCCCCGCAGCGGCGCAGGCACGCAGUCCCCGUACCCGGUGCGCCUCCUCGCCAGCCAGUCGCCACCCAAGCGGCGACGGCGAGUCAGCAGCGAGCCAGCGACGCACUUCGCCUCCGCCAAACUCACGCCCGCAGCAAGCGGGCGGAAAAUGGCGGAGGCCGUGGCGGCGCUGGUGCCGGAGUGGGCUACCAAGGAGCCCUGCCUCAUGGGGGAUCGACGAGGCUGGCCGUGGCCCUGUCCUUGGUCCUAUGGUGUAUGGAUGUAUGUACUCAUGCUGCUUUGGCUCUUACAAUAACACUCUUGCAACCCUGAAAUUCGCAGAUUCAAAGACCUUGAAGGAAGAACAAAGAGAGGAGCUAUUUGAAAGUUUAAAGGUCAAUAACUCUAUUGGGUGGGAAGUGGAUGUCAUAUGCCCAAAGGAUCUGUCUGCUAAAAUGUUAAAAAAGUCGAAAGUUAAUCUGAAUGAAAUAUCACAUAACUCUGCCAUGUGCCUUGUUAGAAAAGUGCUUGACAUGGGAGUUCUACUGGCAGAAGUAUAUAUAGAUACAGUAGGAGAUCCCGAAAAGUAUAGAAUCAAGCUGACAGAAAAGUUUCCAGGAAUCAAAUUUGUGGUUGCCAAAAAAGCUGAUAGCCUUUACCCUGUUGUUAGUGGAGCAAGUAUAGUCGCAAUGGUGACUAGGGACAGAGCCUUGCGAAACUGGGUGUUUGAUGAAACAGCUCUGAGUCUGCACAUGAAAACUGGAUCAGGAUAUCCAGGAGACCCUGAUACUAAGCAAUGGUUAGAAGAUCACAAGCAUCCAGUAUUUGGCUUCCCAACUUUGGUUCGUUUUAGUUGGGGAACUUGUAAGCCCUUCUUCAAGGAUGCAGUUGAGGUUACAUGGGAGUCUGAUGAAGUUGAUGAAGUUGAUGAAGAUGGGACUGACAAUGGAAGCACCAAGCGACAAGUCAAGCUUUGUUUCAGGCUUUACUGGUUUCAAAAGGAAGACUGA